UUCGUUGUCUUGUUAACUUAUUUUUCCUCUUUCAUGUUGUUGAUACUCUUUGACUUUCAUUGAGAAAAUUAUUCUCAUUCACUAAUUGUAAUCAAACAUUUUCACUCCCUUUCUUAAUUAGUGAUUUCUUAGUUUGACAAUCAAGGGUUAGAAUUAAAUUCUAACAAUUUCAAAUCUCUUCACUAUUUAAAAGUUUAACUCUUUCUCUCUCCAUGUAGAGUUUACCUGAUUUAGUAUCAUUUUAAUAUGACAUUUAUAAGAGAUUAACAUUUUUUUUUAUUCGUUCAUUGUUAAUUAAUUUAUCUAAAUCAUUUGAAACUCAUUCGAUAUUUUUUUUCAUCAUGUUGCCAUUUACAACUAAAAAAUUGUUCUCAAUCAAUAAUCAUCCCAUCAACUUUUACUCAUCUCAAACUGUGUUUACAAUAAUCACCAUUCUAACAAUUUUACCGGCAAUCGUUUCAGGCCAGUGUCCGUGGUCCAAUACAACUUACACUGACCUUUAUCCUUCUUGUGUUUGUAGUUAUUCAAAUGUUCAAAAAUUAUCAAUCCAAUGUUCACCCGUUAAUUUUACUCGUCUAUUGGAGGCCUUACAUUCAUCGGUAAAUAAAUCAACACCAGUCUACGAUUUAUAUGUAAACAAUGCCACGACCAAUGGUUCCUUGGUCAAGGGAACAUUUUCUGGUUUGGACAUAACCAAUUUACACAUUUCUAAAAGUCGAUUGGCCAUAAUUGAACCCGAAGCUUUUUCUGGUCUCGAAGAUAAAUUAGUUAAACUCAGUUUACCCGAUAAUAUACUCUCAGAGAUCCCAAUUAAAUCACUUUCCACCCUGACAGCCUUAAGAACACUUGAUUUAUCUGUAAACAAUAUAACAUCAAUUCCACCAUCAGCAUUUAUCUCUAAUCAACUGGUAACUCUUAAAUUAGCCGAUAAUCGUUUAGAUACAAUAGACCAAUUUGCUUUCCAAGGAUUGGAACCACAUCUUAAACACCUUAACCUUAAAGGAACCAGUGUCAAAGUUAUUCCAACAGCGAUCGACAAUUUAACCGCAUUAGCGUUUCUCGAUUUAGCCCAGAAUCGAUUAACAUCUUUACCACCACGACAAUUUGCCAAUCUUCAAACGUUAACAGCUUUAAGCUUAGAACGAAAUAAGAUCAAAACAAUCGACGACGAAGCCUUUUUGGGAGUAAACGAUUCGCUAAGUUCAUUGAGUUUACUCAAUAAUCAGAUAAAAACAUUUCCUUCACAAGCCAUUUCAUCUCUCACCGAACUACGGGUUUUGGACCUUGGAUUUAAUAUAAUUGAAUCUAUUCCGGAAGAUGCUUUUCACAAAAAUACCUUGUUAACGCUUCUUGCUCUUGAUGGUAAUCCAAUGUCAACAUUAUCACUUCAACCUUUUAAACAUCUCAAUUCAACUUUAAGAGGACUCAGUCUUGGUGGAAAAAGUUUAAUUUGUGAUUGUCAACUUCGUUGGGUUGUCCAGUGGGUUCGCAAAUAUGACCUACAGGUAUCGUCUCGUGAACGAUACCCUCAAUUCUGUGGGGAACCAAGUAAAUUAAAGAAUCGUAAUUUCCUUCAAUUAACCGAAUCAGAUUUAAAUUGUGCAAAUGAAACAACACAAAACGAUUCACAAUCAACCACAUCUUCACCAGCACCUUUAUCAUCAAGUUCACCAUCUAUCGAAGUGUCAACAGUGAGUUUACCUUUAUCAUCAUCGACACAAGCAACAACCACAACUACUACAAAUUCUGUUAAUAUAAUAACAUCAUCAUCAUCACUUGUUAAUGUGAAUUCUAGUUUAUCUAAAUCAUCACGACGAUUACCAGUAGAUUGGUCACCUGACACUGAUUUAGAUGAUUCAGCUAAUUAUGUUUCAUCGUCCGGAGUUGAUUCUAACAAUUUACUUUCACCAUCAAGUGUUUCAUCAAUCGCAUCUAAUUCAUUGUCGGUUAAACAACAAGCACCUUCAUCCUCAUCUCUUAAUCCCUCUCCACCCAAUGAAACGGAAAUACCGGAUAUCCGUUUGUUAGCUGCUUAUAGAUGGGAAUCAUCAAUAGUUCUUGAAUGGGAAACACUAUUGGAAGAUUAUACCAAUGGUUUCCAAAUAUUGUACCGAUUUUUUGGUUCGAAGGAGUACAAAAAAGGAGCCAAAUUGGGUAAAUCGGCUCGUCGAUAUGUCCUACCCCAUGUGCCUUCAGGUGAAUGUAUAAUUGUCUGUGUUGUUCCAGCUGAAGUUUAUCGGUCCCAUGGAGUUCAUGAAAUACCCUCCUCACUGUGCCAAGAGAUUCGCAGAGAUCGAACCAAGAUCGCUGAUCUAGAUAAACUUGUUAUCGGUGCAACAGCGGCAAUUUGUGCGUUAGUUGUAAUUGCAGUGAUACUUUUCACUUGCUGCUAUGGGAAGGAUAAGAAAAAAUCACUUCCCUCCUUACCACCUCCUCUCGCAGGUCCAAUGAAACCAGAUAAUGAAUGGGAAACCGUUUCAAUGUAUUCAGCUCGUUCCAUACCUCGAGCUCGUAUGUAUCAUCUUGAUGGUACUUCAGCGUCAGCUGUUCACCAUCAUCCCCUUAAUGGAUCACUUCAUAAUAUCCCACUUCAUGAUGAUAAUCGUUCACACAUUUCAAACUAUUCAUUGGUACCAAAUGGAUAUGGUGGUAAUAAGGGAGGCGGUGUUGUUGCUGGACCUCGGCCAACUGGUGAUGGACAAUCACAUCGUUCUUAUUCAACUGCAUCAGCUGUUGGACGCUUUGGUAAUGCAAGUUUACCUCAUAACGAACUAUCAAAAUCAUCAUUAUCAGUUCACCCAGGUACCAAUGCUGUAGCAUAUCAUAAUGGUGGAGGUAAUGGUGACAAUUCAAGGCACCAUUUUUCCUCCUCGUCUAACAAAAAGAAAAGUAAAAGUUGUAAUCGUCUUAACUCAACAUCUUCCAUUCAUUCAUUAACAGAAUACGAUUCUGACCAAUGGGUAAAUGGACCAAUGAUGGCCAAAAUGACCAAUGGAAAUGCACCUCAUCAUCAUCCAGCAAACGGUUGGAAAGAUAAUCAAGUUGAUGUAUAUGUUGGUAAAAAUCAAUUGUUGGCAAAUCCAAUGAAUGGAAAAUACAGAUAAACGAUAAUUAAUGAAUAACAAUUAAAAACUUGACCACAAUCAACUCUAGUUGACCUUUUUUUGCUGACCAAUAUCUUUUAUAUAUUUAUCAUCAACUUUUUUCCCUCCUUUGUUGAUUUUAAGUGUGGUCAACGACAUAAUGAACUUUUUACCGGUCAAUCAAUAUCGUCAUCAUGUUCAUCAUCAAAGUCAUCAUAAUAAUUGCCUAGCUCAUCAUCAUUCUCAUCAACUAAUCAUUUAUCUUCAAGAUACCAACAGCAAUUUAUCAAUUUGUCUUCCAUCUUACUGUCAAUUUUAAUCAUCAUCUUCCUCUUUCGCGAAUCAUCAGAAAUACCUUAAAAAUCAAUCACUUGUUGAUUUGUUGAUAAUCAACAAAAAAACAUCAUCAACAUAUUGGGUUACGUAAGUAACAUUUCAACAAGAUCUGUAAUUGUUAUAACAAUUAACAAAAUAAAUCAUCUUGACAAAGCAAAAAAAAUGAUACAAUUUAUGAUAAAAGAUGAAUAGGAAGAGGAUGUAAGGUCAACAUAUAAGACUGACCAAUACAAAUGAAAUGUAAACAAUAAUUUUCAUGGUUAAAUCACAAUUAGAUACAAACAAUUGAUGAUGAAUGGUUAACAUUGACAAUUAAAGUAACCAUUGGAAAAUUAAUUGACAAUCAAAUUUAAUUAUUUGUUUUUUUUUCCAACACACAAUUCAAAAACCCACAUUACCGAUCUGUACAAUAGUUUUAAAUUGUUUACAACUAAGUAAACAACAAUCAACAAAUGUAUUUAACUUUUUUUGUAAAAAUUUCUAACAAUAAUUUAAAUAACAAUAAAAAAACUCAUUGAAUCACAA